GGGAGAAGGAGGAGCCGGUGAUUGGGACGGGCCCCUUUCGGUCCUGCCCACUCCCCCACCCCGUCCUCCGACCCUUGCCGCUGUCGCUCCUAGGCCGGGGCCGGGCUUCACUUCCGCUUCCCUCCCUCUCUGUGUGUCCCUGUCCGCCCCGCGGCGGGGGCGGGGGAAAGCCCCCAGGCUGCACGGCCCCUACCGCCGGAGACCCAGCGCUGCAGUCCGGGGUUUGUCUUGACCUGAAAUGAUGUCCAAUAACGGAGAGCUGGAGGACAAACCACCUGCACCCCCUGUACGUGUGAGUAGCACUAGUUUCCCAAUGGGUAGCAAGGACACACUGUUGACCAACCACAAUGCCAAGCCACUGCCGUCUGUACCUGAAGAGAAACAGAAGCGAACAAAACUCAAGUCUAUUUUCUCAAACACUGGAGAAAAAGCAAAUAAGAAGAGAGAAAAGGAACGGCCAGAAAUAUCUCCUCCAUCAGACUUUGAGCACACGAUCCAUGUUGGUUUCGAUGCUGUGACAGGGGAGUUCACGGGAAUGCCUGAACAAUGGGCUCGACUAUUACAGACAUCCAACAUCACCAAACUGGAACAGAAGAAAAAUCCUCAGGCUGUGCUUGAUGUUCUCAAAUUCUAUGAUUCCAAAGAUACGGUGAAACAAAAAUACCUGAGCUUCACAGAACAGCCAGACAGGUUUCCUGCAGUCACGCCUGCACACAGUACAAAGAACACCGUGCCAUCGAGUGUUCAAACAGUCCUGGAGGAGGAUGAUGAUGAGGCUCCACCACCAGCCAUUGCACCACGGCCAGAUUGCACCAAGUCGGUUUACACACGGUCUGUGAUUGAUCCAAUUCCACCUCCUGCCAGCAGAGAACCAGAUGGCGAUGGCACUUCAAAAGGGCUGGACAAAACAAAAAAGAAGGCAAAGAUGACAGAUGACGAGAUUAUGGAAAAACUGAGGAGUAUUGUGAGUGUUGGAGAUCCAAAGAAAAAGUACACCAGAUUUGAGAAAAUCGGGCAAGGUGCUUCAGGGACAGUAUUCACGGCCAUUGAUGUAGCAACAGGACAGGAGGUGGCAGUGAAACAGAUCAACCUGCAGAAACAGCCAAAGAAAGAGCUAAUUAUCAAUGAGAUUCUAGUGAUGAAGGAACUGAAGAACAGCAACAUUGUCAAUUUCCUGGACAGUUACCUGGUGGGUGAUGAGUUGUGCGUUGUGAUGGAAUAUCUGGCUGGCGGUUCACUCACUGAUGUUGUUACAGAAACUUGUAUGGAUGAAGCACAGAUUGCUGCAGUAUGCAGGGAGUGCUUACAAGCGUUGGAAUUCCUGCAUGCAAACCAGGUCAUUCAUCGAGACAUCAAGAGCGAUAAUGUGCUACUGGGCAUGGAUGGAUCUGUAAAACUCACUGACUUUGGGUUCUGUGCCCAGAUCACACCAGAGCAGAGCAAACGCAGCACCAUGGUGGGCACACCUUACUGGAUGGCACCUGAAGUGGUUACCAGGAAAGCCUAUGGCCCCAAGGUUGAUAUCUGGUCAUUGGGGAUCAUGGCCAUUGAGAUGGUGGAAGGCGAGCCCCCUUACCUAAAUGAGAAUCCACUGAGGGCCUUGUAUCUGAUUGCCACUAAUGGCACUCCAGAGCUGCAGAACCCGGAGAAGCUAUCCUCAAUCUUCCGUGACUUUCUUAACCGCUGUUUGGAGAUGGAUGUGGAAAAGCGAGGGUCUGGGAAGGAGUUGUUGCAGCAUCCGUUCCUGAAGCUGGCCAAGCCUUUGUCUAGUUUGACACCGCUGAUUCUGGCAGCCAAAGAUGCAAUGAAGAGUAAUCGCUAGGGUCUCCUCCUCUUUGCCCCUCGACCUUUUUUUUUCUUCCCUUGCCCCAACCCCCUCCUCCCCUCCUAACCCGCCUCUCCACAAAUUGGAAUCAAGCAUCAUGGUCUGCGUUGAUAUGGCAGAGUAACUGCAGAAUGCCACGUCGGGCAAUUUCUUGUCCCUGUCACCGGCCAACCACGCAAGCAAGGUUGAUGCUGCUUUUAUAUAUUUUUCAAGAAAACGUGAUUCAUCUUCUCUCCCUCUACACUUCAGUACUUGAAUAGCAGAUCAAAAGACAAACUUGCUGCCCCUUCUGUGGAAUCUGGACUCUUCCCUAGGAUGCCGUUUCCUCUGCCAGUUGCUUGUCUCUUCUUAUGGACGUUGUGUACUGUACUGGGUGAGCGGGGCUGUGGGAUGUUUGCUUGAUGCCUCUCUUUUUUUUGUAUAUUAUGUAACUGUGGCAGAUUGCGUUGUUAGAAUUCAGGAGAGAAGUUGAUGUAGCUGUCUUUUUUUUUAAAAAGAAAUGUACUUUUUGUUGUUUGUACUAACAGUCUGGAGUUCUGACUGUUACUUGCAGUGGCAGGCUCUGGGAUAACGAGACUGCAGCCUCAUCCACAUUUGUGAUCAGUGUGAUUUUUUUUGUUGUUAGCCUUUGAGUGAAUUGCCUUGAUGAUUGGUGUGCUCCUUCAAAGGAGCAGUAAGAGCUUAUUGAUUAUUUGAUUUUUUAAAUUACGGUGACUUAAAUUGCCCAGCAGUGUUGCUAGAUUCAGGAUUCAGGCUUGUAUUAAGACACACUCGACCCAAUUCAUGAUAACGCUGUGAUUUGUUUUGCAAUGGGAACUUAUCUGUAGGCUCCCUGUUUUUGUGUCGUAAUCACAAUAGUGCAUUCCCAUUCUCACUUAAAUUGCAUUGUUAACUGCUUCACUGAAUCCCAAGUUUCCAAUAAGGUUUCUCCUAAUUAAAAUGAGUUGUGUUUGGUGUGUGAACUGGCUUGUACAUACUGAGUGGAGUUUUCAGGCAGUGUAACGAAAGAACAGUAUUUUGAUCAGGUAAGCAGGUGCUAAUCAGAAUGGCACAAUCCCAUGUCCUGCAGUACCUGAGAAACGUAUUUAUUUUCAUCACAAAGUUUGUUAGCAUGGAUGUUAGAAAGUGCUGUCUACUUAGAAUCACUGUGUCAAUUCUUCAUGUCUUUGUAGAGUGCAUUCGCUGUGGAUGAGUCAACAGGAUCACCAUACCUAAUCUGUUUAGCAUCUGAUAUCACCACCCCACGUUGGCUAUACUCCAAGCAUGGUCCACACUUCCACUUCGGUGCCCAUACCUGAACCACUCUGCAUUGCAUCCAACCUUCACAUGUAGGUUUGCAAUGCACAGCUAUCAUUGCACUACACCCUAAGCCACACUGCAGUCACCACGUUACAUGGUGUUUGUGCACAAUGGCACAAAAAUGAAGUGUAACGCGAGGGUACGUGUGGGUAGUAGAUAGUUAGGCUCAGUGAUAGUGUCCACUCAGUUGGGUUUGAGACUUGUGAACUUGGCCACAAUAAGGUAUUACCUCAGUUGGGGCAAGUGAUAGGAGGUGUGCCUGUGACGUUUCUCUCCCACCUGAACUUGUGUAGCUGCUGCCUUUUCUACGUGCACUGCCGCAACCACAACAGUUCAAUACAUUGUAACAACUGCCAAAUGUAAAGAACCCAACUCACUAAUGGCUCCAAAGCAGCGUGACUGAUGAAUUCUGUGGCUUGUUACUACAGUAUUAAAAGAAGAAAGUCUAACAAAAGGCUAAACAUUUCUGAAAGUGCCUAACAGUAGAGUCUGAUGCAAUUGGGGAUUUGAGGUUUUGGACUCUCUCUCUCUUUUUUUCUAAUUAAUACUAAAAAUAAAAUUUUUAGAAAAACA